UAUUGGACUCAGUAUUGGACUCAAAGCCGUCAUUAGUGUGGCUUUCGCAGCCAAUGUCAGCUGAUCUGUGGUCAGCACAGUACACUGUUUUGAAAGUCAAACCAUUUUAUAUUCACGUCUAAAAGCAUAGUGGAGAUUAUCCUGCACACCUGAGCCUUUCUGCACGUUGUCAUUAGUAGGGAAUAGUUCUAGCAGUGUCAGUGUGUUUAUGCUUUCUGAGAGGUGUCAUGUGACUCUCGGGAGUGCUUCUGUCAUGUGACUCUCAGUAGUCAUCCUGAUUUUGAUAAGACAGUAAUGCAAAUCUCUCGUCCUCAUCAUUCUAACUCAGCUGAAGGUUUUUGUUUAUGCAGCACUGACACUAUUUAACAUCCAAGAAGGCUGUGUUUCCAAAACAUUAGACAGCUUGCCCUUAUGCUUAGUAUUAGUGCUUAUGUAAGGUGCUCUGACAUGCCAGGGUUGAUAUUUGAGCCUGAGUGUUUGUUCCCGAGCUUCAGGCUGCUAUGCUUACGUCACGAGGAUCUGGAGUUCCUAUAAAGUGAUCUAAGUGGUCACAGUCCUUCUAGAAACUUCUGUCCACGGAUGAAUGCAAACAAACACGGUUAUCAAGUGUCAGAUCUUCAUUUCGUUGCCCAAGAGAGCUGGCGAUGGCUGGAUUCAGGGCUAGCGGAAGUCACAGCCACCAGUCGCCAUUAUGUUGACCGGCUCUUCGACCCCGACCCACAGAAAGUGCUCCAAGGAGUCAUUGACAUGAAGAACGCUGUGAUUGGAAACAACAAACAGAAGGCUAACCUGAUUGUGCUGGGAGCCGUGCCCAGGCUCCUGUAUUUACUCCAGCAGAGCUCGUCCAGUGCGGAGUUGAGGACAGAGUGUGCAGUGGUGUUAGGCAGCCUGGCCAUGGGCACCGAGAACAACAUCAAGUCCCUGGUGGACUGUCACAUCAUCCCCGCCCUGCUGCAAGGUCUCUUGUGUCCUGACCUGGUCUUCAUUGAGGCCUGUCUGCGCUGCUUAAGAACAGUCUUCAUCAGUCCUGUCACGCCGGUGCAGCUACUCUACACGGACCCCACUGUGAUCCCUCACCUGAUGUCUCUGCUGAGCCGGUCCCAGCGCACACAGGAGUACAUCACCGAGAUUUUCUCUCACUGCUGCAAGACUCCAGAGCAUCAGACAGUUUUGUUUAACAAUGGCGCAAUCGAGAACAUCGCGCCACUGCUGACGUCACCAUCCUUUAAGGUACGAAUGCAGGCGUUAAAAUGCUUCUCCGUCCUUGCAUACGAGAACCCUCAGGUCUCCAUGACGCUGGUGAAUGUGCUGGUGGAAGGCGAGCUGCUCUCUCAGGUUUUUGUGCGAAUGAUGCAAAGAGAUAAACCCAUUGAAAUGCAGCUGACAGCAGCCAAAUGUUUAACAUACAUGUGUCGAGCGGGAGCCAUCAGGACAGAUGACAUUUGUAUCACACUAAAGACUCUACCGUGCCUGGUGCGCAUGUGCAGUAAGGACCGGCUGUUGGAGGAGCGGGUGGAGGGGGCGGAGACGCUGGCCUACCUGAUGGAGCCGGAUGUGGAGCUCCAGAGGAUAGCGAGCGUCACAGAUCACCUGGUGGCCAUGCUCGCCGACUACUUCAAAUACCCCAGCUCAGUCAGCGCCAUCACCGACAUCAAGAGGCUGGAUCAUGACUUGAAGCAUGCGCAUGAGCUGAGGCAAGCAGCCUUCAAACUCUACGCCUCUCUCGGCUCUAAUGAUGAAGACAUUAGGAAAAAGAUCACAGAGACGGAGAACAUGAUGGACAGGAUAGUGAGUGGCCUUUCCGAGUCCAGCAUAAAGGUCCGCUUAGCUGCCGUCAGAUGUCUCCACAGUUUGUCACGAUCAGUACAACAGCUGAGAACGAGUUUCCACGAUCAUGCAGUGUGGAAGCCACUAAUGAAGUUGUUACAGAAUGCCCCAGAUGAAGUGCUGGUCAUGGCCUCGUCAACACUAUGCAACCUACUGCUGGAAUUUUCACCCAGCAAAGAGCCCAUCCUGGAGUCUGGAGUGAUCGAUUUACUAUGCAGCUUAACACAAAGCGACAGUCCCGCACUGAGGGUCAAUGGCAUCUGGGCUCUCAUGAACAUGGCUUUCCAGGCUGAUCAGAAGGUCAAGGUGGAGAUCAUGAGAGCGCUGGGGACAGAACAACUCUUCCGGCUCCUCUCUGACCCUGACACCAACGUGCUUAUGAAGACUCUGGGACUGCUGCGCAACCUGCUCUCCACACGACCACACAUAGACCAGAUCAUGAGCUCCCAUGGCAAGCAGAUCAUGCAGGCAGUUACACUGAUCCUGGAGGGAGAGCACAGCAUAGAGGUCAAAGAACAGACUUUGUGCAUACUGGCCAACAUUGCUGACGGAAACACAGCCAAGGAGCUCAUCAUGACAAACGACGACAUGCUUCAGAAAGUCAAGUACUACAUGGGGCAUUCCAAUGUGAAGCUGCAGCUGGCUGCCACCUUCUGCAUUUCCAACCUCGUGUGGAAUGAGGAGGACGGUUCCCAGGAGAGGCAGGAUAAAUUAAGAGAAAUGGGUUUUGUAGAUAUUUUACACAAACUCACCCAGGCAUCAGAUCCUAACCUCUGUGACAGAGCAAAGACAGCGAUGCAGCAGUACUUGGCAUGACCCUGAGCGAAGGCAGCCAUCACUGAGAGGAUUGGCCUCCCCUUGUCUCUCUUCUGUUUGAGUUUUUGGAGUUUUGUUUUGUUGCACAAGACACCUUUCGAACCUGCGGAGACUCUCCCGAUCAAUGCCAUAACCUAGAGACGCGGUUGCCAGGGGCAAUGGAACGCUUGCGAACAUGUCUUCUACUUUUUGUGCUGAACUCGUAGAAGAUGGGUUUUUGUGGCUUUUUCCUCUUGUUUUUUUUAUUUUAGUUUUGGAUUUUGAACAGUGAUUUGGUUUAAAAAAAAAAAAAAAAAAGGACUUUAAUCUGCUUGUGCUGCAGUGCCACCCGGUGGUUUGGAUGCUUUGGUGCUUUGGACUUCGUCUCAGACUGCUAAGCUAAACAGACUAAUGGCAGGGUCAAAGGGAGCGUUGCCUCCUUAUUUCAGUUUGCUGACUUGUUAUUGAUAUUAUUAUAAUUAUUAGCAUUAAUUAUUAAUGUUGUUUUAAGAGGGGCUUCAUUAAGAGAGGACAAAGUUUAAAAAAAAAAAGACUGCUUUUUUGUGGAUACAUACCUCGUAAAUAUCUCUCUCUCUCACGCUCUCUAAAUAUAUAUAUAAAUAUAUAAAUAUAAAUAUAUAAAUAUAUUUUUUGAUUUAUAAUCCCCCCCCCAGAUUUUCUUUUCCUUGUGUUCUUUCCUCUAAAUGAUCAUUUGUAGGGGACGAGGACAAUAUAGUAGAAGCUGGAGUUGUGAGAAGUGCUUUCUUGUGGGGGUGAAAUGAGCAGACAUGCAUUAAAAAUAAUAUACAGAAUUUAAAAAGCCACUAAAAGUAAAGGUGUGCUUAAAUCACCUUGAGUCUCUGCUUUGCAACUUGCAAUGCAGCUCUAGUCCGGCUCAAUCUAUUCAAUGUCAUAUUUUAUUAUUUUUUUUCUAAUUUAUGACAUUAGUCUAUUGGUUUCUUUAAAACAAUUUUGUGUUAUUAUUAAUGCCGCUCUGUGAAUGUUCCCCCGUCACAUGUACCUGAAUUUUCACAUGUACCUGAAGUUUCAAAAUACAAAAGCAGAAUAUAUUUAAGAAUAAGACUAA